GCCUGGCAGAAAUUUUUCUCAUUUUACGUUGGCAAACGUGUGUUUAACAGUAAGCAAGAGAGUGCUUGUUUUCAUUCCGACGACUCGCUUAAUCGUGAUAAAUAAAAAAUACAUUUCAUUUUGCACCUAAAACACAGCGAACAACAAACCAAAAAUGGCUUUAAUUUGUUCAAUAACAAAUGAAGUGCCCGAACAGCCGGUGAUUUCACCUUUAUCUGGGGCUAUAUUUGAGAGACGUAUAAUUGAAAAGUAUAUUUUGGAGAAUGGAUGCGAUCCAGUUAAUGGUAAAGAGCUGAAGGUCGAAGAAUUAAUUGAAAUUAAAACACCACCAAUCGUUAAGCCGAAGCCACCGAGUGCAACUAGCAUUCCAGCUACUUUAAAAACCAUGCAGGACGAAUGGGAUGCACUGAUGUUGCACACGUUCACUCAACGGCAACAGUUGCAAACCGCUCGUCAAGAGCUUAGUCACGCUUUAUAUCAACACGAUGCGGCGUGUCGAGUCAUAGCACGUCUAAACAAGGAAGUAACUGCUGCACGUGAAGCUUUGGCCACUCUGAAACCUCAAGCUGGCAUUUUAUCCAGUGCUAUGCAACAACAAUCUCAUAGAAUGGAAGUUAAUGGAGCUGAAAACCAGGCUGCUGAACAGAUCGGUAUGACAGAGGAUGUUAUCCAAAAGUUGCAAGACAAGGCAACCGUUCUUACACAAGAGCGUAAACGACGUGGUCGUAAUGUGCCAGAAGAGUUAUACACUCCAGAGCAAGUUCGUAACUUCAGAAUUUUGGCAUCACAUCCAGGUCUACAUUCCGCAAGUAUUCCUGGUAUUUUGACGUUGGAUAUCAACAGUUCUGAUCACAGCAAGUUGGUUACUGGCGGAAACGAUAAGAACGCAACUGUUUUCAACAAGGAUACGGAACAAAUCGUGGCAGUUUUGAAGGGACACACCAAAAAGGUUACCAAAGUCAUUUAUCAUGCUGAAGAAGAUACGGUCAUUACUGCAUCUCCUGAUACAUCGAUCCGUAUCUGGCAUGUUCCAACGUCCCAAACUCAAUUGCUAUUGAGUUGCCAUUCGGGUCCAGUAACUGGAUUGUCACUUCAUCCGACUGGUGAUUACAUACUAUCCACAUCAUCUGACAAACAUUGGGCUUUCUCCGAUAUUCGUACCGGACGUUUGUUAACUAAGGUAAUCGAUACUGCCGAGGCUGGAUUAACUACUGCCCAAUUCCAUCCUGACGGAUUGAUUUUCGGAACGGGCGCUGACGAUUCUCGAGUAAAGAUUUGGGAUUUGAAGGAGCAGAGUAAUGUGGCCAAUUUCCCGGGACAUACGGGUUCCAUUUCGGCAAUUUCGUUUUCGGAAAAUGGUUACUAUCUGGCCACCGCAGCUUAUGAUGCUUGCGUUAAACUUUGGGAUUUGAGAAAAUUGAAAAAUUUCAAGACCAUUCAACUGGACGAUGGUUACGAAGUCAAGGAUUUGUGCUUCGACCAGAGUGGUACAUAUUUGGCUAUUGCCGGUACCGAUGUCAGGAUUUACCAAUGCAAACAGUGGCAAGAGCUGCAGGUAUUCAGUGAUCAUACGGCUCUAGCAACCGGUGUUCGCUUCGGUAAAAAUGCGCAGUAUUUGGCAUCGACAAGCAUGGAUCGUACGCUCAAAUUGUAUGGGGUGGAAUAAGGAGGGCUAUUUUAAUUUGUAAGAUUUUGUAGAAGAUGACUGAAAUGAGUGAAAUACAAGUUCAGUCGAUUCGUUUAAUGAGCUCUAGCUGUACUUCAAAAAAUUAUGAUGGAUUAUGAAUAAAAUGGGAGCGUGAUCGUUUCAAACACAAAA